AUGGCUUCGUCUCCGCUUCACCGGCCUCUAGGGGCGUCAUCGCCGCUCAACGAGGGAGGCUGGCGCCGCUCGCAGUUCACGUACCGCCAGUUUUCGCAGCUUGCUUCGUCCAACACUUCGAAUCCAUUACGCGUUAUUGCUCACAUUGACCUUGACGCUUUCUACGCGCAGUGCGAGACGGUUCGUCUGGGGAUCCCCGAGGACAAGCCGUUGGCGGUUCAGCAAUGGCAAGGACUCAUUGCAGUUAAUUAUCCCGCCCGCGAACACGGUAUUGGCCGCCAUUGCGAUGUCGAAGAAGCAAAAAAGCUGUGCCCCGAUCUUAUCACUCAACACGUAGCAACGUGGAGAGAAGGUGACAGCAAGUGGGCAUAUCGGGAGGAUGCCGCUGCCAAUAUCGCAACAGACAAGGUCUCUCUCGACUUCUAUCGUCUGCAAUCUCGAAGGAUUCUAGCAACCAUCAAAGAGGCUUUGCCGGCUGAUCUACAAAAGGUGGAAAAGGCAAGUAUAGAUGAAGUUUUCCUUGACCUUUCGAGCCAAGUCCACGCAAUUCUUCUGGGGCGCUUUGCAGAAUUAUCGAACCCACCUCCUUACGAUGACCCUACUGAGAAGCUUCCACUGCCAUCCAUAGUUGCACUCGACUGGCAGACCGAUGCCUUGAUCGAUUUGGAGGAAGAGCAGGAAACGGUCGACCCGGACUGGGACGAUGUCGCAAUUCUCGUUGGCUCCGAAAUCGUUCGCAAAGUCAGGUCCGAGGUACUUCAGAAGUUGGGCUAUACGUGCUCAGCUGGGGUGGCCAGCAACAAGCUUCUAAGCAAGCUGGGUUCGGCUUACAGGAAACCCAACAAGCAGACAGUCGUACGAAACCGAGCAGUAUCCGCCUUCAUGUCUGGCUUCAAAGUCACAAAGCUCCGAAACUUGGGUGGAAAACUAGGAGAGCAGAUCGUGUCUACAUUUAACACAGAGACUGUUACAGAGCUAUUGAAUGUAACUCUGACAACCAUGAAGACAAAACUUGGGCACGAGACAGGGCUUUGGAUCUUUAACACCAUACGAGGUAUCGAUACUAGCGAGGUUAACUCACGAACCCAAAUUAAGUCGAUGCUUUCAGCUAAAUCUUUCCGACCUACUAUCAACUCUUCAGAACAAGCGACUAGAUGGUUGAAAAUUUUUGCUGCGGACAUUUUCGCCAGGUUGGUUGAAGAAGGAGUUUUGGAGAACAAGAGACGCCCUAGGACCAUGAACUUGCAUCAUCGCCAUGAGGGACAAGUUCGAUCACGGCAGGCCCCCAUCCAUCAGGGUAAGGUCUUAGACGAAGAGACCCUCUUUGAGUUGGCAAAAGAUCUUCUCUCACAGAUCAUUGCUGAAGGACGAGGGGUUUGGCCUUGCGCGAAUCUCAGUCUCAGUGUAGCGGGCUUUGAAGAUGGCGUUAAAGGAAACAUGGGGAUUGGGGCAUUCCUUGUCAAAGGGGAAGAAGCAGAAGCCCUUCGCUUGUCGACUUCCGACAGUCGUCCCUCUUCUACUGGCCCAGAACCCUCCGCGAAGAGGCGUCGUGUCGAGGAUGGUGGUAUUCAGCGGUUCUUCUCCAAGAGAACCUCCAGUGAUCCCGAUAUGGGGAUUCCAAACGAGUCACAUACCCCUAAAGAUAUCACCAAAACUAGCCGUGUGCCAUCAGAAGACGCACAGAAGACUCUCACCUUCGCUACUAAGCAUGACCAUGAGGCCCGCCACAAGUCCGACCUUGUUCUGCAUCAGCCAAACGGGUCACCAUGGCAUGAAAGCCUGUCCAAUGGACGGAGGGAUUCUAAUCAGCAACCGCCGAUCGAUCUUGUAUGCUCCCGCUGUAAGGCCAGCUUCGCAGACCCGGAAGAGCUGCAAAGUCAUGGGGACUGGCAUAUGGCCAAAGACCUUCAGGACGCGGAACGUGUCAACCCUACAUUCGCCGAACGACAAGCUACUGCACGAAACCCUGCGCAAAAAACGCAAGGAGCUGCCUCAAAACGAGGCCGUGGAGCCUACGGCGGGCUGCGCUGUGACUCGCCAGCCAGAAACCGUUUAGUCGCAAAGUCAAAAGAAAGACAAGAGCUUGAAAAGAAGUCCAAAGGCUCUCCGACAACCAAAGGAUUUUGCCCAACCUCUCGUGAUGCCCAAGUGUCGUCAGUCACCGCCAAAGCCCAACCCCAAAACCAGGACCAAGAAGGGCAAGGUAGAGAGAGCGCUGUAGGGCACGCGCAAAAAGUUCUGCAGGCCCCGAACGCGCCAACCGCUUCUGGUUUCGGUAACAAAGCGGUCCAACGGUCCACCAGAAUAGGUCGCCACUGGACGCAGGGUUGUUUGCAGCACGGAGCAGACAAGGACCAGGCUAGCCAGGAUCAGGAUCAGAAUCAGGGCACCCACGCACGAGGCCAGCAGCGCCAGUCGCAGAUCCCGUCAACUGGUGUUGGGCUCGGUCGCGGUGGGAGACAAGCGUCCGUCACGGAUAGUCCCAGACAAGAAACAGCCAUCAGGUUCACAGCGAGAGCACAACCUGAAGCGGGAAAAUCCUCAUCAAUAGACGAAAUAUUAGCAUCAUCUCCGUCUCGCCUCGAACAGCCGGGAGACCCCAGCUUAUACUAUCUUGGCCCUCUGCAAAACCAGAGCCAGCUCCACCACGAACAUCACGACGCCCAACAGUUUCAGGGUUUUUGGGACCAAGACCCAUCAUUAUUAACAUAUCAGCAGCCUCAACCUCUCGGCUUUGGCUACCAGCAGCAUCAGCAGCAUCACCAGUACCAACCUCCUGCGUCUCCUUCGCCACCACCACCUUUUUCCUUUUCCUUUCCAACACCCCCAGCAUCAGCACCAGUAACAUCUGCCUUUGUACUGGCUCCUCCUCCUCCUCUGCCUCCUCCUGCAACUCCACCAAGGCCACCGCCGAGACGACGUUUCCAACCAACUACGUCUCGCCGUCAGCAGAAUUUGUCCCACUGCCGGUCCAAUUCCAACCUGAGCUCGAGCUCAAGUACCAGUGCUAGUACCAAUAGACGUCUGCUGGCCUCUCGGUCUCCUGCAAGUCACUCUGCCAGUGGAAAAGCCCCUCGUCAGCGCCUAGCACCACCACAACCGCAGCCAAUAGAUUGUACAGACCCACAGGACGCGCCCACCGCCCACCACCGCUAUUCGCCUUUUCUUCCUCCUCAUCCUCACCCUCCUGCAUCUUCUCUUUCUGCCUGUUCUACCCUCUCAGCGUUCUCCACGUCGUCUCCCUCUUCCCCCAUUUUCGGCUCUAUCUCCUCUUCUCCCGCUCUUCUGUCGACCUUCUCUUCCAUCUCCUCCUCUUCCUCUUCCCACCAAACCUCUUCGCCGGUCAUAUCCUCCCCACACAUCAACAUGUCGAGAGCAUCCCGAAACACUCCCGCAACCGCUGCCGGUACAGGCCGACAAAACGAAUACUUCGUCCCCCGUGAUGGCAUCGACCGUGAAGUUAUCUCUGCCGAUAUCUGUCGCUACUUGGGCAACGAUGCCCUCGUGCGUCCCGGCCAUUACGAGACAGGACAAGCCGUGCAAGGCUACUACAUCACUGCUUAUAGGAACCUAACAACUGCUAUGAUUGAGGAUCUAAAAGCAGACUCUGCGCGAUGGGACAGUGAGAGGCGUGCUCAGACCUCGCGCAAUACCUCCGGAGGUACUAUUGCCUCGAGAAACGUUGGCGUACCGCCGAGACACUCAUCUAACUCACCUGUAGUCCAAUACCGCUACUCAGAGACGCACCAGUCUCGUCAGCAUCACGGUCCUACCGAGGGCCCUUACCAGACCGACCCCUACGCUCGUGACUCAGCCUUUGACGCCGGACCCAGGUACCCAGGAACAGGUGCUCCCGGUUACACUGGUGCCGCCGGUUCAUACAGCCAGUCUUACGGCGCCUCGAGUGGUGGUGCGUUCGCCGGCUUUGCUCAGACUCAGCAAUCUCCCCCUCCCGCGGAUGCUAGGUUCAGUUCUGCUCCAUCGGCCACUGUUAUGAACACGGCCUACUCAGGCGGUCAGAGCCCUUACGUGGACGUCGGAACAAAUCAACGCCCCAGAGGAUAUGAGGCCUAUACUAACCAGAUGGGCACCUCAGCUGCUGCCCAACAGGCUGCUUAUGCCACUGCAGGCCCUACGCAAAGCGGCUAUGCUGCUACUGCUUACCCACAAUACUCAGGUCAGGCUCCUCCUGCGGGUUAUGCAAUGCAGCCCCAGGAUCCCUUUUAUGGUCGUGCAGGCCAACCAGCACAAGGAUAUACCCAGGCCCCACAGUAUGAAGAGACCCCCCGUACUCGCGCUUCAGCGACACCAACAAAUACUCAAACAAAUCCCAGUGGUACCUCCAGCAGCCGACGUAGUGAGCGAGAGAGCGACAGGCACAGUACCGACCGACAUCACCGAAGCAGCCGCCGGUAA